AUGGCCGCCUCCUUGACGUAUCUAUUGUUGGCGAUAUGCUGCAUCGUUCACACGACCAUCUCUAAAAACGAGUCGAACAUCCUGAGGCUCGGAAAGCCACGGAACAGAUCAUCGAUCACGGACGAAACGCGUAAUUCGAACGGGACCGAUCAUGGGAACGAAACCGAGACGCCGAAAGAGCAGGGUCGCUUAAUUGGAUUCAGCAAAAACAAUGCCGGACUCGACUGGAAGAGCCAGCUGAAUUUGUCGGAGGACAAGCAGGAGCAACGCGAAAAUCUCGACGUUGAUUUCAUGAAGGAGAAGAUCCAGAGGACGGCGAACAGUAUCCAAUGGUUGGCGGAUCUUUACGAUCCUCUGAAGUGGGCAAGAGUGCCUGGAAAAGUCGAGGGCAAUUGCAAGAGAGACUUGGAAGUUUUCUUGAAGUCCCUCAACGAUGGGAAACUGUGGGCCGCUAAAAUGUCGGACGCGAGCGGCCGUUACUCCUCGCAAUUCCAUUUUGGUAACGGCUUCUGGCUUGGUUCGAGCACCCUUUGUCGGGAGCUGAACGCCAACGAUGGAAAAGACCGAUCGGAAAGCCACGACAGACCGCCUUAUCCACUGAAAUUCCACGUAGCCAGGAUGAACCUCAUUCUACCGAAGGAGUUCGAACUUUCGACGACGCAACUAUUUUUGGGGCUCUGUUUGCCGGCCACAUGCGAUCGGGCAUCCCUGACCUCGAUGCUACGAGCCAGCGCGGAUCGGGUCGAAUGGGAGGGCAAUUCGACCUAUCGAUCGAGCGGCCCGAAGAUUCACAUCGCCGAUGUGAAACCUGUGCCUUCCAGCAAUUACGAUCCCUGGCUCGAUCCCAAACUGUACAUCCUCCUAGGAGUCGGAGGAACGAUAGGUCUCCUGAUGCUGUGCGCCACGAUAUACGAAUACCGAACUCUGCCGACUCCGAAGGACCUCGAAUCCUCGAGCACGUCGAACAAUAACGAAACGCUCAGCAAUUUCUCGAACAAAAAUCUGAACCAGGACCGUAGGAUAUCAAUGGGCCAGGACAAUGGCGAGGAGCUGAUCGAGAAAGGGAAGGAUCUGCAGAAAGAUUUUCCUGAUCACGUGAAAAAGGAAGAACAGCGAGGCGGUUUCUGGUUAAAGUGUUUGACAGCCUUUAAUCCUAUCGCGAACGGAAGCAAGAUCAUUAGCACAGAGCCCGCGGCUAGGAACAAUCUAACUUGCCUGCACGGACUACGAGUAUUCUCGUUGGGCUGGGUCGUCAUGGUGCACACUUAUCUCCAAGUUUUUGCCAUCGCCGAGAACAAGAGUCUGCGGAAGGUAACCGAGCGGAACUUUAUGUUCCAAACGAUCAGCAACGCGACAUUUUCCGUGGACACAUUCUUCUUCAUCAGUGGCUUGCUGGUUACAAUCCUGUUCUAUCGAUCCUCCGGAAGCAUGAAAACAGACAAGGACGGCUUCGCGAAAACGUGCGUCACGAAAUUUGUCAUCAUGAUCCUUUACAGAUUUAUCAGAUUGACGCCAGCGUAUCUCUUUGUCCUGGGAAUCAAUGAAAUCGCCAUAAAGAACGCGCAAGCAAAGACAGUCUUCACGCCAGCUAUCAUCGAUCACUUGACUUGCGAAAAAUUCUGGUGGAGGAACGCGCUCUACCUGAACUCGUUGUAUUCUCAAAACGAAAUGUGUAUGAGGUGGAGCUGGUACAUGGCGAACGACACGCAAUUGUACGUUCUCGGGAUACUUCUGCUGCUACUGUCCAUUAAAUAUUUUAAGACGAUUGCGACGGUCGUUCUUCUCCUGCUCGUUUCGUCGUGGUUCACCACUUUCUCUAUCGCUUAUUCCAACGACUACGUUGCCAGAAUCGAAGAACCGUUCGCCCUGUUCGACAAGCUGUACGAUAAACCCUGGCUGAGGGCCGGUCCAUACUUCGUCGGCAUUAUCACGGGCUACAUCCUCUUCAAGACGAAUUGCAAAUUGAAGCUGCCGGUGGUGGUGCAAAUCAUCGGCUGGUUCUUAUCGAGCGGCGUGAUGAUCUCGCUGGUUUAUGGCCUAUAUACCGGAAAUUUAUCCGUGGCGGUGAGCUCCGUAUAUGCCGCCUUAGGACACACCAGCUGGGCUAUGGCCGUGUCCUUCAUCGUGAUACAAUGCUGCACCGGAUCCGCCAGAAUGAUCGACAGCUUGUUGUCGCUGCGACUGAUGUAUCCGUUAUCGAGGUUAACUUACUGUGCCUACUUGGUGCAUCCUGUCAUCAUGAUGAUCACUGUUGCUCAGAUGGAUGGCCCGUUGCAUCUUCACAACGGUAUCGUGCUCGUCCUGUACUUCGGCAAUCUCGUCGCCUCGUACUUGAUGUCGUUCUGUAUUUCCAUCACACUCGAGGCGCCCGUAGUCAACCUGCUGAAGAUCGCUUUUAUCUCGAAGAAGCGGGUAAGGUAGAAGAAAAAGAUCGAACGUAGCCUAUCGCGCGAUCGACGGGAAUAAUCGCAGUCCUUUUG